CAAAUUGCAGCUUGUAAGAGCUGCGUACUGACCCAACGUAGUCAAAAUAACCGACUAGGCAACGAAGCCGAACAAAUCAAUUUACAUACACAAUCGAUAAAGAGAAACCAGAUAGGUCUCGCUUUGGCCUUGUGAAAGAGGACCAGAAAAUAUUAUGUCUGUGUUACCUAUAUUAGACCACUAUAACCACAGCUACUUUGUGUUUUGGAAGUGCUCAAAUAUAGAUCAAUCAACAGCUGCCUGCCUUAAAGAAGUCAUUCCAAACAUAUUGAGCAAGAAGGAACUAGUUAUUUCGGUUGAAAACCCUAUCCGUAUUCUUAGUGUUGGUAGUGGCAGAGGCGAAUUGGAUAUGGUAAUCUUACGAUCAAUUUUAGCCGGCUAUAAAGCGGGAAGAGCUUUAAUACAUCAAACGGUAGUGGAACCCAGCAAUUCAUCUUUGGUGGAUUUUAAGAAAGCCGCUGCAAGUGACGAUAUUCCAGAAGUGGUUUUCUCUUUUCACCCCACAACUUUCCAAGAGUUCUCUAAUGGUAAUCAAAGAGAGAGAAAGUACUUCAUGAUUCACUUUCUGCAUAGUAUUUACUACAUGGAUAUAAAGACAGCUUUAGCUUGGUCGUAUGACAACCUCCAAAACGGCGGUAUAAUUGUAUGCCUUGUGCGAACAGCCCAGCAACCAAUAUACCAAACUCUAAAGAUGCUUGCAAGUUUAAAAGGCAAAGCCUUCUGUCAUAUCUGCAGUGAGGAUGUUACCGACGUUAUCAAGGAGAAUGGCUGGGAAUUCGAGAAACACGCAGUAAAAUUUUAUCUUGACCUCAAAGAUAUCCUCGAUGCAGAAUCCACCGAGGGUAACCUAUUGCUGGAUUUUCUAACUCUUACACCUUAUUUCAGGAAGACAGAACCUAUUGAGAUUGCCCAACAAAUUGAGGAAUUAAUUAAAGAGCUUUCUUACAUACAAGAUGGAAAAAUGGUAGCCAAGUUUGAUAGCGAGUUAAUAGUUAUACACAAGUGAUUAUCACAAGACCUUUCGAGUAAACCUUUAGGUACAAAUAUAUUUUUAAUUAAACAUUGUCUAAAGGUGGUACGGUAGUACGGGUCGUAGUACAGGUCAACCAAGUCCACUGUAUGUACGAAUAAAAUUAAAAUGGGGUCAAUGUCACGCUGUGUGACGUUUGUAGAGUACUAAGGAUGUAUAGUUAAAAUUAACGCCGUUCAUUCUACUAUGAAAUAAAAUCGUAAAAAUCUCAAUAA